AUGUUAUUAGUAGUGAGCCUUCUGCUGCGAAGCACCAGGGCCUGUGCCCUUGCAGCACGUGCGUUGGCUAAGAUGCAGGCUCCUCCUCAUCUCACGCAGGCAGCUGUGCCUGCAGUAGCAGCAGCAACAGCAGCAGCAGCAGCAGCAACUGCAGCAACUGCUGCUGCUGCUUUCCCCUCGGGAACUCUCCCUGGAGUCUCAAUGCCGGUGCCGUCGUUGGGCCAUCAGCUGCAGCCGCAGGUGGCUCAGGCAGCGGGAAUGCAGCAGCUCCACCAAAUGCAGCAGAUGCAGCACAUGCAACGAAUGAUGCAAGCUGCGCAAUAUGCAGCCGCAAUGCAGGUUCCUCAGCCUGUUGCGGCACAGCCAGACCCGAGAGCUCAGCUUUCCCUGGAUCCAACGCAUUGUGCGGUUCAGAGUCUGACGGCAGAAGAGGCCGCUUCGAUGGGCAGCGUGAUGGCGUCUGCAAGCACAGAAAAGAAAAAAGUUCACCUUAGAAAGGCAGCAGGACAUAUAUGGAGCGAUCCGACGUUAGAUGAAUGGACAGAAAAUGACCACAGAGUCUUUUGUGGAGAUCUGGGGAACGAAGUCACCGAUGAAGUUCUCGCCAGUGCAUUCCGCAAGUAUAAGUCGUUCGAUAAGGCUCGCGUGGUGCGAGAUAAAAGGACAGGAAAGACGAAGGGAUACGGCUUCGUCUCCUUUAUGGAUCCUAACGAUAUGCUAAAAGCAAUCAAAGAAAUGAACUACAAAUAUGUCGGAAACAGACCGAUUCGGGUGCUCCGCAGCAAGUGGAAAGACAGGGAGAUCGAUUCUCAGAGGAACAAACAGAUUGCAGGCAUCGUAAAGAAGGUGGAAAAGAAUGACUCAAAGACACUGCGAAAGUUUAAGAAGCUAGGCGUGAACAUUAACGGAGGCAAAGCCGCAAGGAACCACGAGAUCUUGGCUAGUCAGGCGCCAAAGAUUAGGAAGAACUACGUGCCGCCUGUAGCUUACGGCCGAAUGACAUAUCAAUACAUCAAGGGCGCUGCACCUGCACUUCCAGCCCCAGCACCUGGGACAGGAGCCUCUUCUCACUUGCUGGACGACAUUUGA